AUGACCAGCCUCAACAACCUCCUCAACCCCGAGUCUUCCUACGAGUACAGUCUCCGAGUCAAGCAGUCUCGCUCACCCAGUGGCAGCAUCUCGUCCCCCAGAGAACAUCAGUCAGACCGCACAUCCAUCCAGGAGAACUACUAUGGCCAGAGCAACAUCUCCAUCACCCCCCACGAGCCACAUCCCAACUGCCCCGAUACCCUCGCAUGCCUCCCAAACACAGACGGCAGGCCACAGCAUACCCUCCCCGUUAUCCUCCGCUGCGCCAUCCUAGGCAGUCCCAAAAAGCGUCUGACCAUUCGCGAAAUAUAUGCUGCCAUGGAGAAGAAAUACCCCUACUACAAGACCGCAGGCCCUGCAUGGAAGGUAGCUAUCUCUGCCUCUCCCCGUCCCUCCCGUCCCCCUUCAUUCACGCAAUGGCUGACCUCCGGAGCUCAGCAAUCAGUCAGGCAUCAUCUAUCCCUCAAUCGCCUAUUUGAGCGGCAACCGCGGCCCGCCACCGACCCAGGCUUCGGCUCGUACUGGACCGUGAACCUCAAUGCGCCCCCGGGCACGAAACGCCCGCGGAAACGCGGUCGUGCAAACAAGGAGGCUGCAGCUAACAGCGCUGCUGUUCCGCCCCCUCCAAGCAUUCCUACAGCGCCCCCGCCUGAGAUAUCUCUACCCCCUCCUCCUCCGCCAUUCCGAGGCAAAGCACAGGAGAAGACACCCGAGCUCAAAGACUAUCAUCCCCCUCCCAUCGCGACCCUGCGGCCAGUCGACAGUCGGUCGUUCAGUCAGGUAUCAUCCCUGCGGCCAGGUGAGUACUAUGACGAUGACGAUGACGACGAGAUGGAGUGGGACGAAGAGGGAGGACGCAUGUCGGACGAAGACUACGUGAGCUCCGACGAGAUGCCGUACAAGUUCGACCCCCGCGCGUCUACAUCGAGCACGCAUUCCCUGACCAGUCCGCCAAACAGACCAGUGCUGUAUGGAGCAUUCUCGGGAUAUGCAAGUGCCGGUUACAGGGGGGCGGAGAGCCAGGAUCCCGUGGCGGAGCGGCUCAAGAUGGAGAUGGCCGGUCUGCGAAGACAGUCCACAGACGCCGUCAAUGCGUCGUUACGGAUGUCGAGCCAGCUUGCUGAUGCGCAAGCAGACGCGGCGCGGAUGCGAGCUGCGCUGAAAGUGGCGGAGAGCCGGCUGGAUGAGGAGAUGAGGCGGCGGCGGGAGGCGGAACAUAUUGCGGAGGACGAAGCAAGACUCCGAUUAGCAGCCGAAGAUGCAUUGCGUGCGUAUCAACUGCAACGACGACCGCCAGGAUACACAUCUUCACGGCCUUGA